ACCGACGUUGUUCCGACUGCCCAUACCCUCGCCACAUCAACGCAGCGGCGCUAAAAGUGUAAAUAAUAAUAAUAACAACAACUGCGAGAAACCUAGUAAAAGCACCGAGAGAAAUACACAGAGAAUGAAACGUGUUUUGUGUGGAGGAGGUGUAUGUAUCCAAAAAGAAAAAGAAAGCGCUUUUUAUGGCAAGAUAAGCACGGCCAGCUGCGUCUUAAAGUACUCGAAGCGCUGGCGACGCAUGAAGCUCACAUAAAGGGGGUGAGAUGGAUGCAUGAAACUCUGAUUUUGUAUCGAGACCUCUCCAAUUAAGUGCGGAACCCCCAGGAUUGACAGAGUCGCUCCUCAGCUAGAGUGAAAGUAUUUGAGAAGCCUCGAAAUGGCGCUGGUAAAGGCAAAUCCGCCUCCACCGGUAAUUGGUAUUGUGGAAAAUGCAGCAAAACUUUGGCAGAACCGUGAUCAGUUCGAUACGGCCACAGUGGAACGCAUCUACGAAAACGAAUUAAACAAUGCCGGUAGCAAACAAGCGCUCGAAUUCUCGCAGUUCCUUGAGAAUUUUCUGUGGCCGAAUUUCAACGCGAAAACCUCAACCCGGGGCCAUUUGAUAUCAAUUGUAGUUAUGGUGAACGAAAAGUUUCGUGAGCGAAUUCCUGCAUGGCGGGCGUUUCUUGAAAACCCUGCACAGUUCCCUGGCUUCUUUCGACGCGUUAUGCAAGCUACGCUCGAUGAGAGAUUCGAAUUUAGCAGCAAAGAACAUACAAGCCUGUUAAUCUUCCUGAUUCAUUGUUUCAACUCAGUCGAGGUUGAACUCAUUCGCAAGGAAAUCCAGAAAAUAGUUUCGCUUCGGAUGUGGAAUGAAAUUCUUCCAGAAAGGCGCGAAGCUGAAAUGAAGAAAAAUCCUUCACUCAAAAGAUACUGGGCCCAUUACGUACGACUUGACAAAAGUAUGAGUGAGGAAGAACUCAAACAGAUUCAUUUAGAUCGGGCCUAUUUCAAAAAACUUAUAGCACGUUUCUUCAAACUUCUUGAUUCUAUUCCGUCAAAAGAUGAGGCAUCCGAAUUGGAACAAUCGACGUUGGAAAUUGUAACAUACUGUGAGCGUUUCAUCGAGCUUAUGGUGGACUUGGAGGCUCUAUUGCCCAUUCGGCGUUUUUUCAACGUAGUACUGGAUGACGCUCACGUUGUUGUACGAUGCUCUUUGUCGAAUCUUGCCAAGCGUCAUGAAGGUCGGCUUUUUGUUCAGCUUCUUGACAUGCUAAAAUUUUAUGCAAGAUUCGAAAUCGAUGAUGCAACUGGAGAGGCUUUGCGAGAUAAGGAUAUGACGGCGUUGCAUUAUGCAAAAAUCGACCAACUUCAAAAGGCGGCGUUCAGUUUUUUCCCUGAACUGAAUAGAUUCGCGUUAUGUAAUGUAGCAAACGUUGAUCGACGCGAAUCUCUUCUUGAACACAUUGGCGGCCUCAGCGCCAACGAGUUGCAUCCGAUUGCCGCGUUCCUUCAACUCGUCGAACCCCUGGACGAAGGAAAGGAGUCUCCGUUCAAUAAAGAGUUCCUUAUUGAACUGCUUAUUACAAGAAACGAGCGGCGUCAAUCUCAACUGGAGACGCUCAACGAGAUGCCCCUGUAUCCAACGGAGAACGUUAUUUGGGAUGAGAACGUUGUACCUUCCGCCUACUUCAACGGUGAAGGCUGCCUUGCUUUACCCAAACUCAAUCUUCAGUUUCUCACUUUGCACGACUACUUGCUAAGAAAUUUUCAGCUAUUUCGACUUGAGUCCACAUACGAAAUUAGGCAGAACAUUGAAGAUGCUAUUUUGAGAAUGAAACCUUGGGCAGCCGAAGAUGGCGGGGUAAUCUUUGGUGGCUGGUCGCGCAUGGCAACGCCUGUAACAAACUUUAACAUUCUUGAGAUAGGCGAACCACGACUUGGAGAAAAACGACCGAGCCUUGUUCGUGCCGAUAUCACUGUGCAUUUGAAUUUGAAACGAGACGUCAAAACGGAGUGGGAAUCUUUACGCAGGCACGAUGUUAUGUUUUUAAUCACAGUGCGACCAACGAGACUUCCUGGCUCGCCUUUUGACCACAAAGAGCCUUUCGUUCCUCAAGUAGGCCUCACCUACGUUCGUGGUUGCGAAAUUGAGGGUUUACUUGAUCCUACCGGUAAAGUCAUCGAAGAUUUUGAGCAGGUCCCACAGUACGACACAGAUGAUAGGACAUUCCGAGUGCUGUUAGACUGUAAUCAAUAUAGGGAGGACAUAGAGAAGCUCUCGGCGGGAGGUGACGAUGUUAAUCAAAGCUAUAAUAUUCUUCUGCGAAGAAAACCAAAGGAGAAUAAUUUCAAGGCCGUUCUAGAAACGAUUCGUGAAUUGAUGAACACAGAUUUUGUGGUGCCGAAUUGGCUUCAGGACAUCAUACUUGGUUACGGCGACCCAGGUUCGGCCCACUACUCGAAAAUGCCUUCGCAGAUUCGUACAAUGAACUGGAAUGACACAUUCCUAAAUAUUGGCCACGUGGAGGCAUCAUUUCCUGAGUACGAAAUCGAGAUUUACAAUCCCGAAGGGCUACCUCUUGAGCGACCGUUCAAGAUCGAAUUUUGUAACAUCAAGGCGAGACAAAAGCCUGCAGGGCCUAACAAGUUAUUGGUUACACCAUAUCAGGUCGAAACGCGUAAUCCGUUUUUUAUGAAACAACCUAAGGCCAACACGGUCCCGUUCACCCCAACGCAGAUUGAGGCCAUUAAAUCCGGCAUGCAACCAGGUCUUACAAUGGUGGUAGGUCCUCCAGGAACAGGCAAGACGGACGUAGCAGUCCAGAUCAUCUCUAACAUUUACCACAAUUUUCCCGAUCAGCGCACGCUCAUCGUUACGCAUUCAAAUCAGGCCCUUAAUCAACUCUUUGAGAAAAUUAUGGCACUUGACAUUGAUGAGCGACAUUUGCUUCGAUUGGGUCACGGUGAAGAGCAACUUGAAACCGAAAAGGACUUUUCACGUUACGGUCGAGUGAAUUAUGUGUUGGCCCGAAGACUCUAUCUACUUUCGCAGGUUGGACAGUUACAGCAAAGCCUGGGCGUAACCGGGGACGUGGCAUACACUUGCGAGACAGCUGCCUAUUUUUAUCUUCAUCACGUUCUUGCCCGAUGGGAGGAAUUUUUGGACAAACUCCGUCACAACAAUGAAGAUCCUGCGGUAAUCGAGGAACACUUCCCAUUUGCAAGGUUCUUCCAGUCGCUCCAUCCGCUGUUCCACGGGAAAAAUUAUGAAGCCGACAUGGAUAUCGCUACAAAGUGUUUCUAUUACGUUCAGGACAUGUUCAGCCAGCUGGAAGAGUUUCGCUCGUUCGAAAUGAUGCGAAGCGGGCUGGAUCGUUCCCGGUAUUUGCUCGUCAAAGAGGCAAAAAUCAUUGCCAUGACCUGCACGCACGCUGCUCUCAAACGGCAUGAACUGGUGAGGUUGGGCUUCAAGUACGAUAACAUCCUUAUGGAAGAAAGCGCCCAAAUUCUCGAGAUCGAAACGUUCAUUCCACUGUUGCUCCAGAAUCCACAAGACGGUUACAACCGCCUAAAACGAUGGAUUAUGAUUGGGGACCAUCACCAACUGCCACCUGUCAUUAAAAACAUGGCGUUCCAAAAAUACUCGAACAUGGAACAAUCAUUGUUUACCCGAUUUGUCCGUUUGGGGGUACCAGUCGUCCAACUCGAUGGUCAGGGCAGAUCAAGGCCAUCACUGUGCUCGCUAUACAACUGGCGCUACGUCAACUUAGGUAACCUGCCGCACGUUUUUGAACGGCCUGAAUAUCAAACUGCCAACGCAGGUCUCGCGUUCGACUUUCAGCUGAUCAAUGUUGAGGACUUUGACGGAAUUGGUGAGAGCGAGCCGAAUCCAUACUUCUAUCAGAAUCUCGCUGAAGCCGAGUAUUGUGCUGCACUCUUCAUGUAUAUGAGAAUCUUGGGCUAUCCGGCUGACAAAAUAUCAAUACUAACCACAUACAAUGGACAAAAACAUCUGUUACGCGACGUAAUUGAGCAACGCUGUGGCAACAAUCCACUUAUUGGAAAACCUCAUAAGAUUACUACUGUUGACAAGUACCAGGGCCAGCAGAAUGACUAUAUAAUUUUGUCGCUGGUCAGAACAAAGAAUAUCGGUCACAUUCGAGAUGUCCGCAGAUUGGUUGUAGCGCUUUCGCGAGCGCGACUUGGCCUCUAUAUUUUCGGUAGAGUGUCGCUAUUUCGCAGCUGUUUUGAGCUCAAGAAGUCGUUCGACAUUCUGCUCAAAAGACCGCAGAAACUUCACCUCGUUCGGGAUGAGUUGUUUCCUACAAAAAGGAAAGCGGCGGAUAAAGUAGCUAGCUAUGCCGUUGAAAAUAUGCCUGCCAUGGCUCAAAUCGUAUUUGAGUUGUACGCCGAGAAAGCUGGUGAAAUGCAUGAACGGCACAUCAAGGGGAUGGCGAAAACUUUUGAAAUAAUUCGACUGGCUGAGAAGCAACUCGAAGGGGAACCAGCAGGGACGAGCGUAGAGGCCGAAGCCGCCGAGGAACAACCUGAAGAACCAUCAGCGAAACGAUGUAAAUUAUCGAAGAACACUAACGAUGAUGAGGAUAACGCUCAGGAGGACCAGCCAAAACAUUUGGAGAAUGAUGCCGUAACGCAAGAAGAUAUAUCUGAAAAAUAAACUAGCGAUAAAGACAACUCAGUUGUUCAACUGUUGUGUAAAAACAGACAACGAAUGCACUGGAUGAUGCUGUUGUGUCAUACAGUCAAUAAUUCCAAUAAUGUAAAAAUUACCGUGUACACAACCAGAAGGUUCUAAGCGGAAAAAUAAACAUAUGAUAUCCAAAGGAUUUUUGUAAACCUUUUAAUUUAUAGAAUAAUAAUGAAUUAAUUAUGUUUCAAUUUAACUGUUACUGUUGGGGUGUGAAAUGUAAGUGUUUUAAUUUUUACGUCCAAUGCUACUUUAAUAAAACAUUGAUUCAGAAGGCUUGCCCCAAAUACAAAAGCAAUAUGUUUGCAGUCAAUUUGAAGCCUAGGCCACGUUACGCGCGUUCAAGUUUAGUAGUCGAACACAUUAGCACUACCACGUUGCUAAAAUCUAGACCGAGGACACAGUGCUAUACAUGUUAACAUCUUAAUUGACUGUCACAAACCAGAUUAUGAGGCAUAAUCGCAUUAGAACGCAAUUUCUUGCCAAAGAUGUAAAUAGCUUUUUUUUUGAUUAUUACAUUAGGAAAUAAAUCUAGUUAAGUAACUUUAUCAUUUAUUUUCACCUACAAAUUCAAAGCAGUGGAUGCAAAAACAUAUAGUUUAUUUUUAAGCGUGCGUUACGUUAGUUGGGAUCCUUCCUACCAUAUACAUUGUGUUUUCAGCUUAUUCCUUAAUGUACCCUUGAAGGAGCGAGAUAUGAUUUGUCAGCAUCAUUUUACUUUUUAUAUGCUAUAGCAUAAGCUGCAGUUGUUCGAACGUUGGCUCAUAGUGUCCAGUGGUCGUGCUGGACAAUCUUUACGGUGCUGCUUUUGUUCGUGUUAGUUACUCUGACCAUGGAAACAGUAAUUGUGCUGUUUCCUGUUCGUGUUCGCCUGUUCGUUGCUUACGCAAAUAAGCCAUGCGUCCUCGUUGGCGUCCUUGUAAUUGUCUUGCCAUUGCAGGUCCCUCCCACUUUGGUUUGCUUAUCAUCUGCUUCUGUAGAUGACAGUCCAGAGUAGGCAGGUUCUACAAGAAACUUGUUAGGUAGACCCUUGCAGAUUUUUAGAACCCGAAUGAAACCCGAAGAGAAUUACCAUAAUGACCUAAAAUAACUUCUAAAUAAUAAAUUAGUAACAAGCUUAUGAGAAACCUAUAUUUAUUCCAUUAUUAUGUAUGAUAUCAAUAAAGAAAGUGCGUCACAAUAUCUACUGAAAAUGAGUUUAAUGACAUUUUAGAUGUCAACACAACUUGUCUUCAUUCCAGUUGUUAUUCCGACUCCCAAAAAACCAAUAUUAACAUGUACCCUCUACGUCAUACGAUUUAGAGGAACCGCACCGAACACUUGCCAUACCCCGUCUACCCCGCCACUUGCGGAGAACAAAGGAGAACCAAGCUAACCGACACAACAUCGGUGAUGCAAGAGGCACGAGGCAAUACCAAUAGGUGGGUGACCGGCCAAGUGUGAAUAGGUGAAUGCAGUCGAACCCACUCUACGCGCAAGGACAAACCGCCUUUGUAUGAGAGACACACGUACCUUCAUCGCAUUGACCAAUCCGCUUCUACGAGUGGACAGUGAAGACUGCAAAAAUCUACGUAUAGAACUGCAUACAUACAUAGACAAGAGUGCGCUGGCCACCACAGCAGACUAAAGGUGAAUGCAAAGAUGACAUAAAAUAACAAGAUGAGAUGAAGAUGUCAGGAGAAUUCUACUGAUUGUUGGAGCAUAUAAAACGAAAAACAUAUUGAACAGUAACACAACAAUGAAGA